AUGAAGGACAGGGUUGUAAAGAUGAUGAAGAGCAUGCUCCUUCUCCUCAUUUUGCUGGGAGUAGUAUCUGGAAGAAGAACCCAGUUGCUUAAGGGCUUACCUGCAACAAGCACUGUCGAAGAAAAUGCAGCAGCUGGUGUUUCAGUUUAUACCUUUAAUGUAACUGUUUCUCCAUUGUCUUCUGAAGGUGUUGCAAUGCUUCCUACCAUAGUAAAUUCAAAUCCACUUACAGAGGCUUUUGUUAUUGAAUCAAAAGGAGAUCUCGAAUACAGGGUUGUUACCACUGGAAACCCUGUCCUAGAUUAUGAAACUAUGCCAAAGAGCUUUGAUUUACAGAUUUUCGUUGAAGAUACAACUGGGAGAACUGACCUUAGCACACUGACUGUCCGAGUAACAGAUAAAAAUGAACGUCCUGUAUUUCGAGGAAAUAUGGCAAUUCAAACUGUAACGAUCUAUGUCUUGGAAAGAACACCUCCGGAAUGCAUUUACCAAGUUGAUGCAGCUGAUCCUGAAAAUGCUGAACUCAAAUAUUCACUGCUCCCUGCAUCAGUGCCAUUCUUGGUCUUGGAAAGCGGAGCCAUUUUUUCCACAAAAGAAUUUGAUUUUGAGAAAGAUCCACAUUGUUACUUUUUAAAUAUAACAGUGACAGAUCCUGAUGGACUCAACUCAACUAAAACAGUGAAUAUAAAUAUAAUUAACAUCAAUGAUGAAAGACCUUACUUUACCAUAAAACAAAGAAUCUACAGGAUUCCAGAGGAGCAAAGCCCGGGCACCAUUGUUGCCAAUAUAACAGCUAAAGAUCCUGAUGAUGAAGACUCUUCCAGCAGGCUUUUCUACAGCAUCCAGUCUUCUGACAGAUAUUUCUCCAUAAAUCCAUCAACUGGAGUGCUGCAGGUGACUGGGAGAAUCGACCGAGAUGCCCUUCCACUGCGGCUCCAUCCUAACGUCUCAUUGAUAGUCCGAGUGGAGGACAGUCCCAGCAGCGGUCACGCCAGCGAAAUGCAGAUCACAAUCAUUAUUGACGAUAUCAAUGACAACCCACCAGAAUGCAAUCCUUCUACCUUCAGGAAAGAGGCAAAUGAAAAUAUGACUGCUGGGACAUUUCUUCUUGAUCUUAGAAAUUACUGUAAAGAUAUUGAUGUUGAUCCAUCAAACAAUCGAUUUAAUUUCACUGGAUUAUCUGGUUUUGGAAGCAAUAACUUCGCUCUGGAGUCCACUGUGUCUGGAAGACUUGUGAUGACUGAAAGUAUUGAUUUAGAAAACCCAGCGAAUCUAAGAGUUGAAGUCUAUUCUUUGACUGUCAGGGUGCAAGAUAUUGCCUGUCCUAACUACUCAAAUAUCAUCUACAUUUACAUCAGGAUAAAGCCAGUGAAUGAAUUUUUUCCAGUCUUCAGUAAUUUAUCAUAUGAAUUUAAUGUUCCAGAAAUUACUAAAGUUGGAUCCAGCAUCGGAAGAGUGAAUGCCAGAGACAAGGACUGGCCACCCAGUGUCAUCACAUAUUCCAUUGUAGCUGGAGGAGGCACCAGGGAUUACACAAAUAUCUUCUGGAUCAGCCCAGCCAAAGGAGAUGUGAAGAUUUUAGCUAGAUUAGACUAUGAAACAACUCAGAAACACAUUCUCACAGUACAGGCCUCAGACCAAGAGAAGACUGCAACAGCAUCUGUAACUGUCAAUGUUUUGGAAGUAAAUGAUGAAGAACCAGUUUGUUCACCCAAUUUCUCUUCAUUUCAAAUCCCAGUCAGCUUAGCUGUUGGGACCAAUAUUAAUGGCUUCAGGAUUGAAUGUCAAGAUCGCGAUUCUGAUCCCAGGUCUUUCCGUUACUUCAUUAACGAAGGUAACACGAACAAUCAUUUCACCUUUUCACCAAGUGCUGGCUCCAACACAUCUCGGCUGAUUCUUGCAUCAAGGUUUGACUAUGAAAGUGGACUUGAUACAAACUGGAUUUACAGGCUGCGCGUCUAUAUAACAGACGACAAUUUACUAUCUGCCAGGGACAAAACUACACACCUAAUUAAAACUGGAAUGGUGACUUUAAGCAUCAGAGUUAUCCCAAACCCAACUACUGUCAUUACCACGACGCCUGGCUUCACUGUUGUGACAAAAAGGGAAAACCUCUACUCUGAAUCGGCGUGGUACGUGCCAUUCGUCAUCACCCUCGGCAGUUUGCUGCUCCUCGGACUGCUGGGGUACCUGGGGUUCCUGCUGGCGACGUGGGUCCGCACCCGCUGCCCUCCGGCAGGCAAAGCAGACGGCGCGUUUCUGAUAAAUGCUCCAGAAAAGAAGAAACCUAAGAAAGAAGUGAUUGUGACAAUGACAAAGCUAAACACUGUCUUUGAUGGAGAAGCCAGAGACCCAGUUACUGGCAAAAUGUACGAAUUCAAUACAUGGUCGGGGGCCCGGAGGUGGAAGAAGAGCAGUGAGCCCCUGCAGCUGGCACCAGCUGUGCAGGUAACAUCUAGUGCCACAGAGGAUAGUGGCCAAGGGACAGACAGAGCAGAGGCACCAAGCAAAAAAGAGCCUUCAGAGAAGAGGAAAGAGCUGACUGCAGAGAAAAAACCAGCUGCCAAGCCCUCGGCAAGGCAAUCAGAAAUACCAGGCUAG